AUGACUACUGAAACCUUCCUUGCUCGCCUUUGCGAGCAGGCUGAGCGUUACGAUGAGAUGGUUACCUACAUGAAGGAAGUCGCUAAGCUUGGCGGAGAACUCUCUGUCGACGAGCGCAACCUUCUCUCUGUUGCCUACAAGAACGUCGUCGGAACCCGACGUGCCUCGUGGCGAAUCAUCUCUUCGAUCGAGCAGAAGGAGGAGUCUAAGGGCUCCGAUAAGCACGUCUCCACCAUCCGUGAGUACCGAAACAAGAUCGAGACCGAACUUGAGAAGGUCUGCCAAGAUGUCUUGGAUGUUCUGGAUGAGAGCUUGAUCCCCAACGCCGCCACGGGCGAGUCUAAGGUCUUUUACCACAAGAUGAAGGGCGACUACCACCGUUACUUGGCUGAGUUCGCGUCUGGUGAGAAGCGCAAGGUCGCUGCCACCGCCGCCCACGAGGCAUACAAGAGCGCUACCGACGUAGCCCAGACUGAGCUCACCCCCACGCAUCCUAUCCGCCUAGGACUUGCGCUCAACUUCUCAGUCUUUUACUACGAGAUUCUCAACUCGCCCGACCGCGCUUGCCACCUAGCCAAGCAGGCCUUCGAUGAUGCCAUCGCAGAGCUCGACUCAUUGUCUGAGGAGUCUUACCGUGACAGCACACUCAUCAUGCAGCUGCUCCGUGACAACCUGACUCUGUGGACUUCUAGUGAGAGCGCAGAGGGCGAGGGUGCUGCCGCCCAGGAGGGCGCUAAAGAGGACAAGCCAGCCGAGGAAGCCGAGAAGCCUAAGGAGGAGGCUCCCGCUCCCGCCGAGUCUUAGACACCUCACCGUUGAUACCUUCUUGCCGCGGCUCAACAUGCAUACUCCGUAAGACUUUUAACAGGGCCGGGGUUUCGUCAAUGCCUAGCUGGCGAAGGAUUUAUGGCAUCGGUUGGGAUGGGUGACUCAGGCGAUUAUUUUGAACGUGGGAGUGGAAAAUAUGGGCAGGUUUUUCCCUUGUCACCUUUUCCCUCAAGGAUAUGUCAGUCAAGGCUACGCUAUAGUAUGCCUUAUACUGGACAAUACGAUAUGCAUUUCCACAACUACGGCUGUAUUUCAACCGCCUCUGCGCGUACAGGGGCUGGCGAGGGCUUCUUGAUGGUCAUGUGGACAGUUUCAUACACGUUUCCCCCCUGUUUGUUUUUAUGGUUUUCGAGAGAUAUCUCAUGUUUUCCUUUGAUCAGUCAAAUACAUUGCACAUCCCCUAUAGUUGGCCUUGUAUGGCAGACCUUACGUACCUCGUAAGAUUCAGGUAGUCUACAGGUCUGCUUCGGGUGGAAUUGCAAAUGAUCUACGCCUUAUUGCACCAAUCGGUGAGGAGAAUGUUUCCCUAUGGUUGGCCCUGGACAGACUGC